AUGGUGACCCAACUCAACGCCCUUGACGGUCCAGAGUCAGAGAGUCAGAACGUCCAUCAGAGCUUUCCAGAGUUACUUGGAGACAAGUACCACUACGAGAAUGCCAUCGACAGCUCUCUGCUCUGGACUGUUGGGUACACCCCCUACAUUCCCCCAGCUCUGAAAGGAAGAAGCUUCCCCUCUGUCAAGAGCUUUUUCCUGGAUGAGUGGGAGCCACUGACACUCCUGCAGACUCCUCAGGUUCUGUCCACCAGUGUUUCCAUCAAGGAAGACAACCUGAUCCAUGUUUCCAUCGAGGAAGACAACCUGAUCCAGUCUGCUGCAGGCCUAGUGUCUCAGGUUCUGUCUACCAGUGUUUCCAUCGUGGAGAAUGACCUGAUCCAGUCUGCUGCAGGCCUAGUGUCUCAGGUUCUGUCUACCAGUGUUUCCAUCGAGGAAGACAACCUGAUCCAGUCUGCUGCAGGCCUAGUGUCUCAGGUUCUGUCCACCAGUGUUUCCAUCGAGGAAGACAACCUGAUCCAGUCUGCUGCAGGCCUAGUGUCUCAGGUUCUGUCCACCAGUGUUUCCAUCGAGGAGAAUGACCUGAUCCAGUCUGCUGCAGGCCUAGUGUCUCAGGUUCUGUCCACCAGUGUUGCCAUCAUUGAGAAUGACUUGAUCCAGUCUGCUGCAGGCCUAGUAUCUCAGGUUCUGUCUACCAGUGUUUCCAUCGUGGAGAAUGACCUGAUCCAGUCUGCUGCAGUCCUAGUGUCUCAGGUUCUGUCUACCAGUGUUUCCAUCGUGGAGAAUGACCUGAUCCAGUCUGCUGCAGGCCCAGUGUCUCAGGUUCUGUCUACCAGUGUUACCAUUGUGGAAAACAACCUGAUCCAGUCUGCUACAAACCUAAUGUCUCAGGAUAAUGACUCCACACUGAGAGACUCCAACCAACCUGUGAUCCACGUGGAUGAUGUCUCAACCAAGAGAAGUAGACUUACCAUCACUAUUUCUAUGGUUUCAACCAAGAGUUGCCUUGUUGCUUUACAUGAAGUUGAUGCUAGUGCUACAAGCCUGGAGCAAUCUGCAGAGAAAAUGUCUACCUCUACCACUGAUGUCAACGACAUCUCAACUGCUGCUGCCAAGAAGAAGAAGAGGUGUGGAUUAUUCUCAUUUGUCUGGAGAGCUCUCAGAGGGAAGAACAAGAAGCCUGGAAGAAAUAACUAAUACGGCUAAAGUGGCUUCCAAGAAGUAGGACAUCUAGGUGAGGACACUCACUGCUGAAGGCACCCACAAUGAUGCUUCUGUUUCUCCUCAUCCCCCCCCCCACCACCACCACCACCACGCCGCCAAGCUAUACAUUUUUAUAGUCAGUAAACAUUUUUGUGUUGCAUUUGAAUGUGUUUGGAAUCUUAAUUGAAACCAAAAAACACAUCUAAUGAGAGUCAUUUUCAUAGUCAUGUUACACAUGGAUUUAUCAUCAAAUGUCAUAGAAUACAACCACAAAUGCAGGGGUUUAGCAGUUCAACAUCAGUACUUGUCAAUUAAUCACUGAUUCUUUCAACUCAGAAUUGAGAAAACUGGGGCAAAGAUGGAAGAAAACUGUGUCUUUUAGAAGCAUGUAAGUCGCUCUGGCUAAAAGUGUCUGCUAAAUAACUAAAAUGUAAAUGUGACAAUGUGGAAAGAUUGAAAACAACCAUUUACAUUCUGUUACAAUAUAACUACCAUCACUUGUCAGCACCAUUUUUUUUAUUUAUUAUUACAUGCAGUCUUGCUCGUAACCUCUAGAUGGAGUAGCAAGCAAAGUUGUGAUGAUUCACCCUCCUAAUUAUGCUUUUAUUAGCGGUUGGAUGUGAGGGCAUGCUCAUGUUAGGAAUUCCUGUUGGAGUUCCUACCCUAAUCCAUGAAUAAGCAUGAUAUUUUUAUAUUUCAUGAGUUGUCUACGGCAGGGGGUCUCAAAGUGGGGUCUGCAGGGGGUCCAUGGUCAAGCCAAAUAUAAAUAAUAAUUCAUUUUUUAAGUAAAUAUUAGCAACAUAGCUAAACAGAUUCAACUAAUUUUGGCCAAGGGAUCAGUGAAAUUAGUUUAGAGGGUGUAAUCCAAUACAAUGCAAUAUUAUUCAUCCACAAAUUACAUUAUUAACCCUGGGCAACAUGGGCCUGGGAGGCUCAGAGGGACAUUGGUAUCCACAGUACACCAGCAUUAUAUAUUUUUCAACUAAAUACUUAUUAUAUAUAUAUAUAUA